CGGGGAUGGAGCGGCGCGGUCUGCAGAUCCGGCACUGAGUCUGGCAGAGAGCCGAGGUGGACAGGCAGGCAGGCAGGCAGGCAGCAGUCAACGGUAGCAGAGAUGGACGCACACCUCUGAAUCACAACUCACCCUCCUGUAGUCAGUCAAGCGUCUCUUGGACUUGUGUUUUCUUUUUUUUUUUCAUCCAUCUGGAGCGGGUUUUCACCUCUGGUGCUCAUUCAGACUGGCGGGGCGAAGCAGCGAAGAGCAGAGGCGGGAAGGUUUUAGUGGCAUUCCGACGCUCAGGAGUCCUGUAGUCGUACCUGCACCUGUACCUGCACAUCCGGUGAUAACAAUGCAUCCAAAUAAGUAUUUAACUGAACUGACGGCGGAGAAAAGCAGCCUGGACCCCUCCUUUGCGCACGCGGUGCGCCUCCUUGCAGAAGAGAUUGGGAAACAUGAAGGGGAUGAAUUGAGAAAAGACGGCGACAUAAAGAAAUACCUAGAUAUCAUCAGCAAUAAAAAUAUCAAGCUCUCCGAAAGAGUUCUCAUUCCGGUCCAACAGUAUCCAAAGUUUAAUUUUGUUGGGAAGCUGCUGGGACCACGGGGAAAUUCCAUGAAACGGUUGCAGGAGGAAACUGGAGUGAAGAUGUCCAUCCUUGGCAAAGGGUCCAUGAGGGAUAAAGACAAGGAGGAAGAAUUGAGGAAAAGCGGGGAGGCCAAAUAUGCUCAUCUGAGUAACGAUCUUCAUGUUUUAAUUGAAGUCUUUGCUCCACCUGGAGAGGCAUAUUCCCGCAUGAGUCACGCCUUGGAAGAGAUCAAAAAAUUCCUUGUUCCAGACUACAAUGACGAGAUCAGACAGGAGCAACUGAGAGAGCUCUCUCUCCUCAACGGCUCCGACGAGUCGAGCAGAGGGAGAAGUGCCCAAGGGAGGAGCGUGCGACCGGCAACCGCGGCAUCUACAAGGGGCCACAGAGGCACGGGGAGGAGUGCUGCAGCACCUCGAGGGACAGCAGCAGCAGCAGCAGCAGCAGCAGCAGCAGCAGCGUCACACGGCAAACUUCCCACAACUGUUUUAACGAGGGAGGCACAAGCUCCGAGAGCCAGGGGGGCGGCAGGGAGCGCUGGAUACAGGGUCCCGCUGUUAGCAGUCACACAUGAAUCAUACGACGAAUAUGGCUACGAUGAUGGAUAUGGUGGGGAAUAUGAUGACGAGAGCUAUGAAGACUAUGAGGACAGCUACAACAAUCAGUCAAAGAGCAUUUCAGAAUAUUAUGAAUAUGAACAUGGAGCCGGUGAUGAAUCCUUCAACAACUACGAGGAAGAGUGGCAGACCAGCCGCCCCAGUCUCAAAGCCCCCAUUUUACGGCUGACACGAGGGGGCUACAGGAAACAUCCCUAUGGUAGAUACUGAAGGUGCUCCUGAUAUGUGACCUCCAAACUUUUUCAAACUGUUUAUACUUUUCUUUUUUUUUUAAUUACUCAUGAAAGGUUGUAACUUUUCCGUUCGUCUUUAAAGUAACUCCAACUAGCACACACCCUCACAGAUUGUAAUAUUAUUGCAGUAUCAAUUGCUUUCCCUCAAUGGACCAUCAUUUAUUGAAAUGAAAAAAAACAUCCCUCUUCUAUUCCAAACAAAUUUUGACAUUAUACUGAAUUCAAUUUAAUUUUUUUGGUCAAAUUUCCCCUAGUGGGCUUGUAUUUACUGCCAGUAAUGCAGUGAUUAUCAAGCUAACCCCACUUAAUACCAGGAUAAAACUACACCGAAUGUUUUAUAUAUGCUCCCCUUGUUGAAUUAAGCAAUCACAGAAUCAAAAAGUCUCCAAUCAUACCUCUGCACGUAAAUCCCUCUUUUUGGUUUAUUGUGUCAGACAAUGUGGAGAAAAACAAUUAAUAUAAAACACCAUUAUUUUUUUUGUCAGUGUGUCAUAAGACAUUCCAUGUUGUCACACCAUAUGACAAAAGACGGCCGUCAAUUCAACAACGUAGUAUGUCCAAAAAUAAAGAAAGACACACAAACUGUAAAAACACACACACCCUGCUGCUUCGCGCACAAUUAAUUCAUAAGCAGUCGCACCCCACAGCUCACUGAUUGGUCUGGUCUGGUUGUGGGCACAGCUUGGUGUAAGUGGAUCUUCUCCAGUCUGACACAUAUUAUCACAAACGUAACCCUGUGUGAUUUCGACCGGCAAACACAAAACUACUUCAUAUUUGGCUCGUUUAAAAUGUGUCUUCUUUUCUUUUUUUUGGUAUUUGUGAUGCUGCAGAUCAAUACUUGUUCACAGAAACUUUACUUCCUGUGUGAUUCCAAGUUUGGCUUGAUUUGCAAAAAAAAAAAAAAAAGAGUUGUCAUUAUGGUCAUGGACAGAGAACCACAUCCUGCUCUGAAAACACUAAUGUUCUGAUAAACAACAAUUAAGGCAACACAUGUGAACUAAACCUAAACUAGUCCUUAUAUUUACCCUUAACUGACUCUUAACAGACUCUGAUAACUUAAUGAUAAAACUGAGUUGAUAUGACUGACUAAAAUUAGGCAAGUUUUUGGUGUGUGUGUGGGGGGGGGCUACAUCGAAUCCAACCACACCUUCACCCACAAAUUGAAAUGAAUUAUCUAUAAUCUUCCGUUUGUGAAUUAUCAGUUUAAAGAGUGCUUGACGUACUCUUGGUGUCAUUUUCUUUUUUUGACUCCCUGAUGCAUGAAUAGACCUCGUGGUUCAUGUGUCUGUUAUGGGACACAGUGACAUGGGGCCUUGUUACUGUGAAUCUCCUGUAUAUGCCCAGUCUCACAAAUUGUUUUCAUUGCAGUGGACAUUGCUGUUCUUGAGGGCCCCCCCCCCUCUCUCAGCUCAGGGCCCCCAGCAGUUGCCUGCAUUGCCUGCCCUGUUGCAAUGCCUCUGCCUAUAAGUGAUAUUGUGAUUUAUAACAUAAGCCCCCCCCCCCCCCCCCCCCACCGUUCAGACCUGGUAUUAACAUCCAUCCUCGAUGAUCCAAUCACAGCCAGAUCUCACUGAGUAGGAUUAAAAAGUGUCCUGGAUGCAUCCAGGAUGUGACCAUUGACAAAUGUGUCCUCAAACCACAUGUGUGUCUGUGAUGAGAUCUGAAGACGCAUUCAGGACCUUUACUGAGCCCAAUCUAGCUGUGAUAAGAUCGCGGCGAACGUCUGAAGAGGCUCAAGAUGUGAGAAGGUCAUUGUGCAAAAUGCCUUUUUUGGUUGGGAAUUGAACUCAAACAAGUGAUAUACAGUGUGUAAAUUCUAAUGCGUGCUUUGUUCUGUGUCUAAUCUGUAUUUGUACAUAAAUCAUUUAAUAAAAAUAACCUAAACCUCA